UCCAGUCACGUGGUCACGUGACGCGCUCCAACAUGGCGGCGCCGUGGGGCCGCGGCGUAGCUUCCUGACGGGGCGGCGCGGACGGACGCGGCCGGUGCUGGCCGGGACGCCGGGCCCGCAACCUCUCUCGCCCGCUUGCUCGCGCCGCCCGCCCGCGGGGCUGCCAGCCCCCGCCGGGCCGGGGCCAUGCAGGAGAGCCAGACCAAGAGCAUGUUCGUGUCCCGGGCCCUGGAGAAGAUCCUAGCCGACAAGGAGGUGAAGCGGCCCCAGCACUCCCAGCUGCGCAGGGCCUGCCAGGUGGCGCUCGAUGAAAUUAAAGCAGAAAUAGAAAAGCAGAGGCUUGGCGCUGCCGCACCACCAAAGGCGAACUUCAUUGAAGCUGACAAGUAUUUCCUUCCGUUUGAGCUAGCUUGCCAGUCCAAGUCCCCACGGGUGGUCAGCACGUCCCUCGACUGCUUGCAGAAACUCAUCGCAUAUGGGCACAUCACUGGCAACGCCCCUGACAGUGGAGCCCCGGGGAAGCGGCUCAUCGACAGGAUUGUUGAAACCAUUUGCAACUGUUUUCAGGGCCCUCAGACCGAUGAAGGAGUUCAGUUACAAAUAAUUAAGGCUCUUCUGACAGCGGUGACAUCCCCACACAUUGAAAUUCAUGAGGGCACUAUCCUGCAGACAGUCAGGACAUGUUACAAUAUCUAUUUGGCCAGCAAAAAUCUCAUCAAUCAAACCACUGCCAAGGCUACCCUCACUCAGAUGCUGAACGUCAUUUUCACACGCAUGGAAAACCAAGUGUUACAGGAGGCCAGAGAAUUGGAAAGACCAAUCCCGUCAAAACCCCAGUCCCCUGUGAUCCAAGCUGCAACAGUGUCCCCAAAGUUCAGUCAUCUGAAGCAGAGCCAGGCACAGAGCAAACCAACGACUCCCGAAAAGACAGAUUUAACCAACGGCGAACAUGCCAGAAGUGGUUCUGGAAAAGCGAGCUCAGAAAAUGGAGAUGCACCCAGAGAAAGAGGCGCAUCACUAUCAGGGACUGAUGACGGGGCCCAGGAGGUGGUGAAGGAGAUCUUAGAAGAUGUGGUCACAUCUGCUGUUAAAGAAGCAGCACAGAAGCACGGCCUGACAGAACCCGAGCAGGUCCUGGGUGAACUGGAGUGCCAGGAAGGUGCUGUUCCCCCAGCAGCUGACGAAAAUUCCCAGACCAACGGGAUAGCAGACGACAGGCAGUCCUUGUCGUCAGCGGAUAAUCUGGAAUCAGAUGCACAGGGACAUCAAGUGGCUGCUAGGUUCUCUCACAUUCUUCAGAAGGACGCCUUCCUGGUGUUUCGCUCCCUUUGCAAGCUGUCCAUGAAACCCCUUGCUGAAGGCCCCCCAGAUCCAAAAUCCCACGAGCUGCGCUCCAAAGUGGUUUCCCUGCAGCUGCUCCUGUCCGUCCUGCAGAACGCUGGCCCGGUCUUCAGGACUCACGAGAUGUUCAUCAACGCGAUCAAGCAGUAUCUUUGCGUGGCGUUGUCCAAAAAUGGCGUCUCUUCAGUGCCUGAUGUCUUUGAACUCUCUCUUGCCAUUUUUCUUACUCUUCUUUCAAACUUCAAAAUGCACUUGAAAAUGCAAAUAGAGGUCUUUUUCAAAGAGAUUUUCCUGAACAUUUUAGAAACAUCAACAAGUUCUUUUGAGCACAGGUGGAUGGUCAUUCAGACUUUGACAAGGAUCUGUGCAGACGCCCAGUGUGUUGUAGAUAUUUAUGUCAACUACGACUGUGAUUUAAAUGCUGCUAACAUUUUUGAGCGCCUUGUGAAUGACUUAUCCAAAAUCGCUCAGGGAAGAAGUGGACACGAGCUAGGAAUGACUCCUCUGCAGGAGCUCAGUCUGAGGAAGAAAGGUUUGGAGUGCCUCGUGUCCAUUCUCAAGUGCAUGGUGGAAUGGAGCAAAGACCUGUAUGUGAAUCCCAACCACCAGACCAGCCUCGGUCAGGAGAGGCCCACAGAUCAGGAACUGGGGGAUGGGAAAGGCCUUGACAUGGCAAGACGGAGCAGUGUGACGUCCAUGGAGUCCACGGGGACCCAGAUGGCUGUCCAGGAUGAUCCGGAGCAAUUUGAGGUCAUCAAACAACAAAAGGAGAUUAUUGAACAUGGCAUCGAGCUUUUCAACAAGAAACCCAAGAGAGGCAUCCAGUUUCUCCAGGAGCAAGGCAUGCUGGGAACAUCAGUUGAAGACAUUGCCCAAUUCCUGCAUCAGGAGGAGCGCCUUGAUUCUACCCAAGUAGGUGAUUUUCUGGGAGACAGCACAAGGUUCAACAAGGAAGUGAUGUAUGCCUAUGUGGAUCAACUUGACUUCUGCGAAAAGGAAUUUGUCUCAGCCCUGCGGACAUUUCUAGAAGGUUUCCGUCUGCCUGGGGAAGCCCAGAAGAUUGAUCGAUUAAUGGAGAAAUUUGCUGCGAGAUACAUAGAAUGCAACCAGGGGCAAACCCUGUUUGCUAGUGCUGACACUGCAUAUGUCCUAGCGUACUCAAUUAUCAUGCUAACCACCGACUUGCACAGCCCUCAGGUAAAAAAUAAAAUGACAAAAGAACAAUACAUUAAAAUGAAUCGGGGUAUCAACGAUAGCAAAGAUCUCCCGGAAGAAUAUCUCUCGAGCAUCUAUGAAGAAAUAGAAGGCAAGAAAAUUGCCAUGAAAGAAACAAAGGAGCAUACGAUCGCAACCAAAUCUGCUAAGCAGAGCGUAGCUAGUGAAAAACAGAGACGGCUGCUGUACAACCUGGAGAUGGAGCAGAUGGCCAGAACGGCCAAAGCGCUGAUGGAGGCCGUGAGCCACGCCAAGGCCCCGUUCACCAGUGCCACUCACUUGGACCAUGUCCGCCCGAUGUUCAAACUGGUGUGGACGCCGCUGUUGGCAGCCUAUAGCAUCGGAUUGCAGAACUGUGAUGAUACGGAGGUGGCCUCCCUGUGUUUGGAGGGCAUCCGAUGUGCAAUCCGGAUUGCCUGCAUCUUUGGAAUGCAGCUGGAACGAGAUGCUUAUGUUCAGGCUCUUGCUCGCUUCUCCCUGCUGACGGCCAGCUCCAGCAUCACAGAAAUGAAGCAGAAAAACAUCGACACCAUAAAGACACUCAUAACAGUGGCGCACACCGAUGGCAACUACCUUGGGAACUCCUGGCACGAGAUCUUGAAGUGUAUCAGCCAGCUGGAGCUCGCUCAGCUGAUAGGAACCGGGGUGAAAACGCGCUACCUGUCUGGAUCUGGGCGUGAAAGAGAAGGGAGCCUGAAGGGCCACACAUUGGCGGGAGAAGAGUUCAUGGGCCUUGGCCUUGGUAACUUGGUGAGCGGUGGAGUGGAUAAAAGACAGAUGGCCAGCUUCCAGGAAUCCGUUGGCGAGACCAGCUCGCAGAGUGUGGUUGUAGCUGUAGACAGAAUUUUUACUGGAUCUACCAGACUGGAUGGAAAUGCCAUAGUUGACUUUGUCCGCUGGCUGUGCGCCGUGUCCAUGGACGAGCUGGCUUCCCCGCACCACCCCCGCAUGUUCAGCUUGCAGAAGAUUGUGGAGAUAUCGUACUACAACAUGAACCGGAUCCGGCUGCAGUGGUCCCGGAUAUGGCAUGUGAUUGGAGAUCACUUCAACAAGGUUGGCUGUAACCCCAACGAAGACGUGGCGAUCUUCGCUGUUGACUCCUUAAGGCAACUCUCUAUGAAGUUUCUCGAGAAGGGAGAAUUAGCCAACUUCCGUUUCCAGAAAGAUUUUCUGAGGCCCUUUGAGCAUAUCAUGAAGAAAAACAGGUCUCCGACCAUCCGGGACAUGGUGAUCCGCUGUGUUGCGCAGAUGGUGAACUCCCAAGCAGCCAACAUCCGCUCGGGCUGGAAGAACAUCUUUGCUGUGUUCCACCAGGCAGCCUCAGAUCACGACGGGAACAUUGUGGAGCUGGCCUUCCAAACCACGGGCCACAUCGUCACAACUAUCUUCCAGCACCAUUUCCCUGCAGCCAUCGAUUCCUUUCAGGACGCUGUGAAGUGCUUGUCGGAGUUUGCCUGCAACGCGGCCUUCCCCGACACGAGCAUGGAGGCCAUCCGGCUCAUCCGCUUCUGUGGGAAAUACGUCUCCGAGAGGCCUCGGGUGCUACAGGAAUACACCAGCGAUGACAUGAAUGUGGCUCCUGGAGACAGGGUCUGGGUCCGAGGCUGGUUCCCCAUCCUGUUUGAGCUCUCCUGCAUCAUUAACAGAUGCAAGCUAGAUGUUCGGACAAGAGGACUCACGGUCAUGUUUGAGAUCAUGAAGAGCUACGGUCACACCUUUGAAAAGCACUGGUGGCAGGACCUGUUCAGAAUCGUGUUCAGGAUUUUUGACAAUAUGAAACUCCCUGAGCAGCAGUCGGAGAAAUCUGAGUGGAUGACGACAACUUGCAAUCACGCCCUCUAUGCCAUCUGUGACGUGUUCACCCAGUUUUACGAAGCUCUGAAUGAAGUACUUCUUUCUGAUGUGUUUGCACAGUUGCAGUGGUGUGUGAAACAAGAUAAUGAGCAGUUGGCUCGGUCAGGUACCAAUUGCUUAGAAAACUUAGUCAUAUCCAAUGGGGAGAAAUUCAGCCCGGACGUCUGGGAUGAGACGUGCAUUUGUAUGCUGGAUAUCUUCAAAACCACCAUCCCACACGUCUUGCUGACCUGGAGACCUGCAGGAAUGGAGGAAGAUUCAUCAGAAAAACAUUUGGAUAUGGAUCUGGACCGCCAGUCUCUAAGCAGCAUAGAUAAGAACGCGUCUGAGAGAGGCCAGAGCCAACUCUCUAACCCGACCGAUGACAGCUGGAAAGGUAGACCUUAUGCAAAUCAGAAACUGUUCGCCAGCCUCCUCAUCAAGUGUGUGGUCCAGCUGGAAUUGAUACAGACCAUCGAUAACAUCGUGUUCUACCCCGCGACAAGCAAGAAGGAGGACGCAGAGCACAUGGCUGCUGCCCAGCAAGACACGCUGGAUGCAGAGAUCCACAUAGAAACAGAGGAUCAGGGCAUGUACAAGUGCAUGUCUUCCCAGCACCUCUUCAAGCUGCUGGACUGCCUGCAGGAGUCCCACUCAUUCUCAAAGGCCUUCAACUCCAAUUACGAGCAACGCACUGUCCUGUGGAGAGCAGGUUUUAAGGGCAAAUCUAAACCUAAUCUUCUAAAGCAAGAAACCAGCAGCCUGGCCUGUUGUCUGAGGAUCCUGUUUCGGAUGUAUGUUGAUGAGAACCGCAGGGAUUCCUGGGAGGAAAUACAGCAGCGACUUUUAACCGUGUGCAGUGAGGCCCUUGCCUACUUCAUCACCGUGAAUUCUGAGAGCCAUCGGGAGGCCUGGACAAGUCUUCUGUUGUUACUUCUAACAAAAACCCUCAAAAUAAACGAUGAAAAGUUUAAAGCACACGCUUCUAUGUACUACCCCUACUUGUGUGAAAUUAUGCAGUUUGACCUGAUUCCUGAGCUCCGAGCAGUUCUGCGCAAGUUCUUCCUGCGGAUAGGUGUUGUCUAUAAGAUAUGGAUUCCGGAAGAGCCAUCCCAGGUACCAGGGACACUGUCCCCAGUGUGGUAGCCCUGGUCCCUGCAGGCCACUGCUGCAGCUCUGCAGAUCGUUCACGCCACCUCUGCCUGGCACAGCUCGUGGAGGGGCAGAUCGUAGAAACGGAGUCAGCAUCUGGGAGCUCAGAAUGGCCUGGAGGAAGUUGGCCUCAAGGCGGGUCCCAUCAGUCCCUGGCUGAGACGUGCUGUUCCAUUAAAGUGUUGCAUACCCAGUUACCACAGUGGGUGGGGAGUCUGUUUCAUCUCCGUCAUUCCAUCUUCUGGCUAGACUGUCAAGCCUGUCGCCGCACACGCACCAUUUCCUAGCAGAGUCCCGUGAUUGGCUGUACGUGUUCUGUCGGAGGAGGUUGCUCUCCUUGAAAAUACUGAACAUAGCUGUAGAGGUUCGUGGUUAUUAGAGAGUAUGUUAAUAAAAUUUCUUGUAACGGCUAAACGCCACCUAAAAUAUGCUGGAUUUUUUGUCGUCGUUUGAGUGUGUUGGAGAAUUUUGAAUGUUUUUGUCAGUUGUGAGUCAGCUGUAGUUAGAUUAGUUUGGAGAAAGUGGGGGAGAAGGGUUUUUGUUCUGUUAACGUCUGAGUGAUUUUUAAAGUACUUUAUGAAAAGCUAUUAUUGAAGAUUUCACUGAAAGCAGAGUUUAGUAAUUAAGUUAGAAUUAAGAGCUUGCAAGGUUAAAAAAUUUAAAAAGGUAGUGCCUCCUGGCCCUCCCAGUUUUAGUAACCUGGGGAGAAAAAGUCUGUAGGAAAAAGUAAAAAAUGUAAUGAAGACGAUUAGCCUUCCUUGGAAGUAAGUAUUUGUGGAUGGGUAUGAAAAUUUCCGAAAUAGAUUGUCCAUCUCACACCCUCUGAUCUAAUAUAUGAAGUGGUAACAAAAAUGAAGUAAUUUAACAGAGUUCAUUUAUAUUUGAGUACACCUUUUAUUUUUACCUCAGAACAGUGAGUUUAGCGUCCCUGCUUUUGCACAGGCCCCAUGCAGGGGCCUCCAGAGAGCGAUGGCGGCCGUGUGGGAGAAGGGCCACCUGUGAAACUCCCCAGCCGGCGUCAUGAGUCCUUGACCCAGAGUCGGCCUGUGCUGUGGUGGGGCCAGCUCGGCUGACCCGUGACCGUGGCGGGAGACGGCCUGCGCCCAGGUGCCAGGACUCGAGCCUCGGAACUGCAUUCUUUGGAAGGGUUGGCUUCUGGGGGCCCUUAUUGUGUUAACAAAGGUGCAGGAGUCUUAACCGGAGUUAGGACUGAAUCCUGAUGCAGCAGCUUCUGUAACAGAUUGCGGCAAAUGGGGCCUGGUCUGGUCGGAGGAGGAAGAGCGCGUGCACUUGACCCCGCCCCCUCAACCCAGGGCUCCCCAGAGCCGCGCUCCCCGUGGAAGCAGCGUUACACAGAGUCAUAACCCACCCAGACUCCGCCUGUGCCCUUCAGUCCUGGAAACUGGGUUGUAUUGAUGUCAACUCUGGUGCCUUAGAAGUUAGCAAGUUGGGAACCUGUCUAAAAUCGGAUAUUUUUUUCUUCAUAGAGAAGGAUUUCUGGUGCUUUUGUUUCCUAAGAAACUGAGUUCUUAAAUUUGUGUUUUACAGCCUUGAGGAAUGUUUGGUUUGGGCCAGCAGUACUCUUUUUUUUUUUUCUUUUUCUUUCCCCCAAAGUAUUUUAAUUUCUCUACCAAAGAAAAAAAAGAGCAGGUUUAGGUUUUUUAUGUUACUUACAUACAUUAGAGAAGAGGAGCUGUAUAAUUUAGGAGGAAAGGACCGUGGGAGAAUUUUACUGUGAAUGGAAAACGUCAGCACCUUUGACUUACCUUGUCCUGGAAUACGUUACGUCCUUAUGCUGCAGCCGAGACUCCCUCCCUGGUACUGUGGUCGGUCACAGCCUCUAUAUGUCCGUGCUCUCCAUCCACAUCUGUCCUGAUGGCAUGCACAGGAACGUGCCACCGUGUCCCCACCUGGAGACUUUUGCUUUCCUUCUGAGGUUCUCCCGUUCCGUUGUCUUCAACGGUGACCCCGCCGCCAGAGUCUUCCUGCCUUCUCUUUCAUUCUUGCCACCUCUUGCAGAGCGGGAAAUGUGUGAACACAUUUUGUUCCAUGCCCAAACAUUCAGCUUUGAAUUUUUUUUUUAACUCUGUCUUUUAAUACAUUGGACUUUCUGAAUGAGGCAUUUGAGUCAUACCAGCAUGCAACCUUUUAAAAACCGGGAUGUCAAACCAUUUGGGGUAAUUUUUCUUGCCAGUGGCCCGUGAAGUACAGAGGAAUUCCUUACCUCUACUAAUAAGCCAUUCAGCCUAAAUUCUACUUUGUGAAUAAAUCUGUUCUAUCUCAUGGUAAAUGUGGCUUGUGCCACUGAAACACUAGUGAGGAGAGUGUGUGUGACGGCAGCCCCGGGCCAGGACACCAUUCACUAGCAAAGUUAGAGAAGAUGAAGCAUUUCCAAGGCCUUAUUUCUUUGUCAGGAUGCUUUAAGUGUUGAUUAUAUGUGCUGGGUCUCUAGAGAAGUUUUUGUUACAACACUGCUACUUUGAGCAAUUUUGUUUUUCUGCGCUGUCUUUUCAGGAAAUCACCAGCUCUGGCAUCUUAACAACAAACGUGGAUGGGAAAUGUGAUUGCUAAUAUGCAUCUUUAGAGUCAAAUACACCUUUUUCCUGUUACUCCUCACGUACAACCAAAGAAAUACAUUAUGGAAAUUGUAUCAUAAUAUCUGGAAACAAACCAUUUUCCUCUGACAGGUGACUUUUGUACAAAAUGCCAAAAAAAAAAAAAAAAACCCACAAAAAAACCCUAGACCUUUUUGUUGUUCUUUUGCGAUUAUGGCUCUCCAUUUCAUAGUCUUUAUAGUUACUGAAGGAACCUGCUAACGGAGGCAAGUAGACUGUCCCAUUCAGAUGUUUGUUGUUACGAUGCAAAUGGAUAUGGGUUGAGACAGAAGUUAGAUCCUUACUACUGCAUUCUCUGAGUUCUGUUUUAACAUUUGUGUUAAAGUAGACGUAGCUUGAACUCAUGUGAAAUCCUGGAGUUUUGCUAUCAGCAGCUUUGCAGUUGGAGAAACAAAGAAACCAAAGCUGAAUAUUUAAAAGAAUGAGUCUAUCUGGAAAUCCUUGCUCUCAAAAAAAAAAAAAAAAAAAAAAAGACACUCAUCAAAGGUGUAGUUUUUCUCAGUGUUCUAAUUUUUUAAAAAUUUUAUCUUCAUAUUUGCAUCAAAUAUUUCUUUAUGUGCAAAAUGUAUGUUUUACCUCCUUAAAAUGCCUAAAAGUUAGUUAAUAGCUACUUUUGUUUAAUCUAUACACGAUGAUUAAGUGCAUUUAAUAUUGGUAAUUUAAUGAAAAGCAUUCCUUGCCCAAUGGAUGUAUACAUUUUUGAAAGAAUAAGCCGAAUUAUAUAAUAUGAAACGCUAUGUAAAGUUUUCUAUGUAAAAAUAUUAUGUAUAAUACUGUUAAAAUCCCAUGCUUUAAUCAGGUGGUAAAUCAAUAAAGUUUUAAAAGGAAA